UUUGUCGCGCCAUAUUGGCAAACUUUGUGGGAUGACUCCCCACAGACAAUGAUAAAAAACCCUCAAUAAUUGCUGAAUUCAUUCGGAGCUUUGCACUGCAGAUUUUGCCAGAUUGAAAAGCAACAAUGCCUACUUAUUUCCAGCGCCCGGAAAAUGCCCUGAAAAGGGCAAAUGAAUUCAUCGAUGUCGGGAAGAAGCAGCCGGCUUUGGAUGCCCUGUACGACGUGAUCAAGAGUAAGAAGCACCGGACAUGGCAGAAGAUCCACGAGCCCAUCAUGGAGAAGUACUUGACGCUGUGCGUGGAGCUGAGAAAGAGCCACACGGCUAAGGAGGGACUCUACCAGUACAAGAACAUCUGCCAGCAGGUGAACGUGAAAUCUCUGGAGGAUGUCGUCAGGGGCUACUUGCGCCUGGCUGAGGAGAAGACAGAAGAGGCUCGCAAGGCGUCGGAACAGACGGUGUUGGAUGUCGAUGACCUAGACAACGUGGUCACUCCUGAGAGCCUCUUGCUGAGCGCGGUGAGCGGGGAGGACACUCAGGCCCGCACCGAUCGCAUCAUGCUGAUCCCCUGGGUCAAGUUCCUGUGGGAGUCCUACCGCCAGUGCCUGGACCUGCUGCGCAACAACAACCGCGUGGAGAAGCUGUACCAGGACAUAGCUCAGGAUGCUUUCCGAUUCUGCCAGAAGUACCAGAGGAAGACAGAGUUCCGCAAGCUGUGUGAUAACCUGCGUAACCACCUGGGGCUGAUCCAGAAACACCAGAGCCAGGCCACCGCCAUCGACUUGAACAAGCCGGAGAGCCAGCAGCUGCACCUGGACACCAGACUCUUCCAGCUGGACACCGCCAUCACCAUGGAGCUGUGGCAGGAGGCCUACAAGGCCGUGGAGGACAUCCACAGCCUGAUGGGCCUGUCCAAGAAGCCGCCCCGGCCCCAGAUGAUGGCCAACUACUACCAGAAGCUGGGCUUGGUCUUCUGGAAGUCGGGCAACGGGCUGUUCCACGCCUGUGCCCUGCACCGCCUGUUGCAGCUGUCCCGGGAGCAGCGCAAGAACCUCACCCAGGAGGAGAUCCAGAGGAUGGCCACCCGCGUGCUGCUGGCCACCCUGGCUGUGCCCAUCUCGCCCCCUCGCAACGACAUCGGUGACAUGCUGGACAUGGGCGACACUGCCAUGGAGAACAAGCGCAAGCUGGCCAACCUCUUGGGACUCCAGACCCCGCCCACCCGAUCGCAGCUGGUCAAGGACCUGGUGAGGUACAACGUGGUCCCCUACGUGAUGCCCCAGGUUAAGGACCUGUACGAGUGGCUGGAGGUGGAGUUUCACCCCUUGGAGCUGUGCCAGCGGGUCAGCCAGAUCUACCAGCUUAUCGAGGAGAGCGGAGAGCAGGAGCUGAAACAGUACAUCCCUGCCCUGCAGGACAACACCAUCAUGCGCCUCCUCAAACAGGUCUCCCAGAUUUACGAGACCAUUGCAUUUUCUCGGCUUGCUAACCUGGUGCCGUACUGUUCGGCCUUCCACCUGGAGAGAGUCAUCGUAGAUGCUUCGCGUAAUGGUGCCGUGCAGGUGCGAGUGGACCACGCCACGCAGGCCCUGGUCUUCGGCGGUGUGGUGUCCAUCUCCCAGCAGGACGAGCAGCUGAGCGAGGGCCCCCACCUGCAGGCCCAGGCCUCGGACCAGAUCCGCAACCAGCUCAGCCAGAUGUCUUACACACUGCAUCGGGCCGUCAAGGUCAUCCGCCCCAUGCACAUGGUGGAGGAACAGGAGAAUGAGAAGCAGGUGAUGAUCCAGCACUACCGCCGCACGGCCCGCAAGGAGCACGAGCGCAUCCUGACACGCCGCCACAUCAUUGAGGACCGCAAGGAGAAACUGGAGAGCAUCACCGUGCAGCGGGAGAAAGAGGAGCUGGACAUCAUCGAGAAGCAGCAGCGCAACCAACGGGAGGCAGAGGAGAAGCGGCUGGAGCGGGAGGCACUAGAGCGCCAGCGCAAGAAGGAGCUGGAGAAGGUGGAGGAGAUCCAGCGCUCCCAGGCCCGGGAGCGCAUCAAGAUGCUCAAGCAGUCCACUGUCAGUCAGAAGGUCUUCAAGAGGCUCAAUGAGGAGGAACUGGAGAAGCUGGACCCUGAUGAGAUCAUGGCCAAGCAUGUGGAGCAGCUUGAGGUGGAGAAGAAGGAGCUGCAGAUGCGGCUGAAGGCCCAGGAGAAGAAGGUGGACUACUUCGCCCGGGCCAAGCGCCUGGAGGAGCUGCCCUUGCUGGUUCAGCAGUACGAGGAGCAGGCCGUUGUUGAAGCCAAGUUAUGGGAAGAGAUGGAGGAACAACGGAUUGCCGAAGCCAUCAGUGAGCGGCAGAAGGCACUGGAGUGCAGAGACCGCCUGGCCCGCAUGGCCGAGGACAAGAAGAAGUUCUCUGAGAUGCUGGAGCAGACGCGCUACAGCAUCUACAAGACCAAGCUGGCCGACUACGAGCAGCUGGAGCGGGAGGAGCGGGUCAAGCGUCUCCAGGAGCGCAAGAAUCGCCGCAAGGAGGAGCGCCGCCUCAAGUGGCUGAAGGAGAAGGAGGAAGAGGAGCAGCGGAAGAAAGACGAGGAGCUGAAACGGCAGCGCGAGGAGGAGCAGGAGCGUCAAGCUGAGGAAUACCGCAAGAAGAUGGAGGCAUUUCAAGAGCAAGAGGCCAAGCAGCAGGCCAAGAUGAAAGAGGUGGAGGAGCGUCUGGAGCGGGAGAAGCGGGAAGAGGAGCGCCCUGCCGGCCUGGCCCGCGCCGGCCCGCGAGAAGAGACGUGGCGGCGGCGCCAGGCGCCCGGCGAUGCGCCCAGUGACGCGCCCCGGGAGGUACCUCGGGAGAAGACGGGCACGGACGAGGGCUCUUGGAGACGCCAGGGUGGUGGUGGUGGUGCUAGGGAUGACAGACCUGCUGAGAGUCAACCUUGGCGUCCGUCAAGAGAAAGGGGAGGGGAAAGGCAAGGGGUUUACAGACCCCUUCAGCGAGAUGUGGAAAACAGAGCUGAACCGCCGCGCAGCGAGGAAGCAAAGGAAGGAGGUGCGGGCAGGCAAGAACUACGGGCAGAGGACACGAUGGAACAGCGGAGGAAUCAAUACAGACCAGAGGAACAGGAGGAUCAGGAGAGCGACUACCGGCGGGACCGACGGGACAACUACCGCGACAUUCGGCUUGAUGAUCCUGAGUUCCGUCGCAGUACGGGCAUCAAGGAUGAAGAAGAGGAGCCUCCCCGCAGAGAGGUGAAUAAGGAGCCCCUCGAGAGGCGGGAGGCUCGGCAAGAUGAGAGAGGUCCGCCUCUGGAGCGCCAACGAGGACCACCUCUGGAGCGCCAGCGAGGACCACCUCCGGAAGAGCCCUCUCGUGACCUGCCGCGCCGUGAAAUGGGUCGAGACGAGAGGAGUUUUGCACGGGAGGAGCGGGGGUACGGCAGAGAUGGCCGUGGGUAUGGUAGGGAUGACCGGGGCUAUGACAGGGAUGAUCGAGGAGGUAGGGAUGACCGUGGAGGAAGGGAUGGCCGUGGCUUUGGGAGAGAUGACCGAGGCUUCGGUCGGAGUGACCGUGGGGGUCGAGAUGACCGUGGCUACGGUGGCCGGGAUGACCGCGGGUACAGGGAUGAUCGUCGAGGUUUUGGUAGAGAUGACAGAGGUGGUUAUGGCAGAGAUGACCGGGGCUACGGGCGCAGAGAUGAGGGCCGCUGGGGUGACCGCGAUCGUGGCGACUGGGGGCGGGAUGGGGAUCGCCCACGCCGUGGAGACUUCCGUGACGACCCAGGCCGCGGUGAAGAUUCUGGUCGGAGCUGGCGUGGAGCCCCCAGGGACGACCGCGGCCCUCCACGCCGGGGAGGACCGCCCGGUGACGACUGGCGGGGGUCAAGUCGUGGGGGUGGCCCACCCAUGGAGACCCGUCAUGGAGGCAGGGAUGAUGGGUCCAACUGGCGUCAGAGCGGGGAAGGUGGUGGGCGUGACCGUGGGGCGCCCCAGGAUGGCGAGAAGUGGCGCAGGGGAAUCCCUAGGCAGGAUGCACCCUCCGACUCCAGACCGCCAGUUAGGGAGAUACGUCGGGAGCCACACAAGCAAGAGCCUCCUCCCGAGACCAAAUCCAAUGACGAGGACGGUUGGGAAACCGUCGUCAAACGGCGCUAAAGAAGUCAUACAAAUCCACAUAGGAUGAUAUCUUGGUUUUUUUGCCGUUUCCAAGAGUGGUGCUUUAAACCAUUUGCCACUGAUGAACCAAAUUUGGUAAUGGGUGUUGAAAAAUGCCCUGAAAUUUAUAUUUUGGAAAUAUAUCAAGGUCGUACAGGAGGUGGUGCAACAUCCAUGGUGUGGCUUCCAAGUUUUUCUGUUGCUUUAAAUCACAGUUGAUGAGCAUGCGCAACCAUAUUUCUUGUUCUGAGAAGGCAUUUGAUUGUCUUGCCUUGAUGAAAUUGAUGUGCAGUCCACUGCGGAAGAAAUACUGCACAAAGUUCUGCUCUCAAACAUCUUAUGUUCCUUAAGAAUAUUUUCGACAAUAGUUUACAAGUUUGUCUCAUCAGUAGUUUCGGUCAGUAGUUCGUUUCAUCAGGUAAUAUACUUUGAUUGGUAUCCACAUUUCCUUUUAUUUUGAUUUUUUUCCCCCAAACUCCUCUUCUAAAGGUGUGUCAACGAAGGUAAGCAUGUGACAUAUGUUUGGAAGGCAUAUUGGUGCUGACCGUAGAGUAGAAAGAUUUCAAAUAUAAAUGACAGGAUUUCACACUGAAUUUAAUAUAUUAUGUAGCAUUAUUUUGCUUUGCAAGGGUUAAGUAUGAAUAUACACAAAGUACUAACAAACAAAUGAAUGUCUCGCUUCACCUCAGAUCGCAGCAUAACCAAGUUAGAGUGUUUAUAAUCUGCAAUUUUCCCAUAGUUUGAAGUACACGUAGUGGCUUUAGAAGUUAGUAAAUUUCGUGAAAAAAAUGAUCUAACGCCGAGAUGCGACAUUAACCAGUCAAGUUUUAAUAAGAUACAGUUCACUUGAAUUAUAACAAAAAUUAAUGAAUAAAUGUCUUUAAGGAGUUAAACGUCUGAAUCGAAAGUCAGUAAUCACAAAUGUCCCAAGUUAAGGGUGGUAAUAAACGUAAGACUGACACUCUA